GUGAAUGGAGGGAAGGGAGGAGGGGCCAAGGAGGAUGGAGUUUACCUGGCCCAGUAAAGCUGAGGCGGGAGAAGACCAGCUGUAAGUACCUUGUUGCUGAGCCAGAGACCUGAGCUAUUGCCUGUGAUGAGAGAGCCCAGGCUGAAUGGCACAGUCCCCAGACUCCUAGCAGGUGUGGAAUAGGACCUGGGUGGACCUCAGAGAGGCCCAGGUGUGCUGGUGAGAGAUGCUGUAGCCUGAAGGGAACAGGAGAGGGGUGCCAGGCCUCCUAAGGUGAGGAGCCUGUGCUGGUCGAGAUCCUGCUGACCCCACAGGUUUGUUUCCCAGUCUUCAGGAAGGUGAAUGGACUUGGGCCCUCUGCUUGUUACACCUCAGUACUUUGCCCUUGAGUUUUCUGAUUGUGCAAGGUUUAUGACUCAGUAAAUGAGGUGGCCACCCAGAUGUGCUACCCACAGGUGGACAGGCCCCAGACAGUCUCCCCUGGACGUCCAUGGAAGCUGAGGGCUGAGGCUGCCCUGAACACUCUUGGCUCUGGGGAAGCAGGGCUGCAGAGAAGGUGUGCAUGAAGGUUUAGCUGUCACUUGCGAAAACUGCAGAUACAGAACUCUCCCCAUGGCACCUCAUCACAUCCGCAAAUACCAGGAGACUGACCACAAAAGGGUCCUGGACUUGUACUCCCAAGGAAUGGUCGAGCACAUCCCCGCCACUUUCCGCCACAUACUGAAGUUGCCACAAACAAUCCUGGUCUUAUUUGGGGUGCCCGUCGCCCUACUCCUGGUCUCUGGCUCUUGGCUCCUGGCUCUUGGAUCUAAUUUCACCCUCCUUGUUUUUCUGUGGCUGCUGGCCAGACACCCUUGGAAGAAGUAUGUGGUCAUGUAUUUGCAGACAGACCUUGCUGACAUCACCAAAUCCUACCUGAGCGCCCAUGGUUCCUGCUUCUGGGUGGCUAAGUCUGGGGGCCAGGUGGCAGGCAUAGUGGGUGCUCUGCCAGUGGAGGACGCCCCCCCAGGGAGGAAGCAACUGCAGCUGUUUCACCUCUCUGUGGCCUUGGAGCACCGAGGUGAAGGACUAGGGAAAGCCCUGGUCAUGACUGUCCUCCAGUUUGCGAGGGCUCAGGGCUACAGUGAGGUUGUCCUUGAAACUAGCAUAGUACAGCCGGCGGCUCUGACCCUCUACCAACGCAUGGGCUUCCAGAAGACAGGAGAGUACUUUGUUGACAAAAUCUCUAGACUACUGGGCAUUUCUACAAUUCAAUUUAAAUACUGUCUCCCAUCUGCUCAGGAAGGAGGCCCGUGAGCUAUUGUUUUGUGUAUCAGGCAGGAUCUGAUUGACAAUCCUAUAGUACAAGCAAACCCUGGCAUUUUGGUGUAACAAUUGAUGCAAUCUCAUUGCUUAGUGCACAUCUGA